UUAGCGUUUGACCAGAACGCAGUUGCGAUCCACGUUGGAUCCCGUUUCCUGAAAUUUACAAUCUAUUUGCAUGUUUUGGAUACUAGUUAGGCAGCAGGCAACAAACCUACCUGAGUUUAUCAAUCGACUUUCAACGUGUUGUUUGGUGUUUUUCCUACGCGCUUGUGUCGCCUAAUUCUCGCGUUGUUUAUUAUUUUUGUUAUGAUAGUCGUAAUUGGAUUAGCUAUUCGGUGUCCCGCUUUUCCAAUCCCUUCGGCGGCGUGGUCAUCGUUCACGGGUAGUCGGUACCUCGAGGAAGUCGUUUAGCUCAAAAAUUUCGCUACCGGAAAAUUCGCUGAAUCCCACACCAGUUGAGGUUCGGGCGCGGUUUAGUUCGGUGUGAUUUUGUGUUACGCUCAAGUCUCGCGUAGACCAUGCUUUUGGACCAGAAUAAACAUGGCCUCCAAUUAAUGCAGUUUUUCUGUUACGCAACGGAGUUCCAAUGAUCUUCCGACUUUUCCAACGCCUCGAUUGUUUUUUGUGUGAUGUUAGGGCACCUUUUUCAUAAUUUGUAGUGAUGGCUUAUGUUUCACGUUUAAGAAGCUGAUUGAAAAGUGGAAGGAAUUAUACGUUAUUGAAAGGAAAGCUGACGACGAUCUGACAGAUCGAUAUUGAAGGUGCCGUUGCGAAAGGGUACAUGUAGUGCAUUGAUGUCGCAUUCCAGCCACAGGUACUUUUAUUCUAAUUGAAUAAUAAAGUUCAGGUUGGGUGAUUUCAACAUCGCAUUGUGGGAGAAGCUGCGUGGCGUAAAUGGAAAACAACAAUGACACCCAAGAUGAUCCAGCGGAGAAAUCUAAGCCAGAUGAGGAACCCUUCGACCUGGAUGAGUUGCUACCGACGAUAGGAGAAUUCGGUCGGUACCAGAAGCUGCUGCUAUGGUUUGUCUGUCUGCCGGCAUGCAUUCCGUGCGGAUUCGGUGCCUUCAAUCAGCUGUUCAUGACCGACACUCCCGGUGAUUAUUGGUGUCAGAUUCCGGCGCUACAAAACUUCAGCCUGGAAGAGAUGAAGCUGCACGGAAUACCGCUAAUUGAGCAUGACGGAACGGAACAGUUCAGCAAAUGCACCCGGUACGCAGUGGACUGGAAGGAAAUUCUAGCCGACAGUCCCGACUUGAGUGACGUCGUGCCUAACAGUUCCUGGCCGCUGGAGAGUUGCCGGGAUGGCUGGACGUACAACACAUCGGAGGUGACGUCCUCAAUCGUUAUAGAUUUUAACCUCGUUUGUGAGUACGAUAUCUACCCAACCUUGGGUUUGGUGGCACUUAAUACCGGAGGACCCGUGGGAGUGUAUUUGUUUGGAAUGCUCAACGAUAGAGUGGGAAGAAGGACUUCCUACUUUUCCUGCCUGGCGACACUUUUGCUGGGAAGCUUCAUAACAGCCGCCAGUACUGAUUUCGGGAUGUGGGCCUUCAGCCGGGUGAUUGUUGGACUUACCAUUCCUGCUGUCUACCAAAUUCCAUUCAUCAUUGCCCUGGAGCUGGUAGGGCCAAACUACAGAUCCUUCGUAACAGUAAUGACCUGCACUUUUUACACAUUCGGCCUUAUGAUGCUAGCAGGGGUAACAUAUUUAGUCCGCGACUGGAUCCAUCUCACACUAUAUACAUCGGUACCAUUCUUAUUUUAUUUCCUGUACUUAUUUGUGAUGCCAGAAUCACCACGAUGGCUGUUGAUGAAAGGAAGACUAGAAGAAGCUUUACAAAUUCUAGAAAAAAUGGCCAUAGUUAACGGAAAACAGCUUCCAUCGUCUUUCCGCAACAAACUUCAAGAGCGAGUUUUGGCGGAGAAAAAUCGCACAGUGAAGCGAGAAGAAGUUUCCAUUGGGGCGUUCGAUCUUUGUCGAACACCCAACAUGAGAUUAAAAACUUUCCUCAUUACCCUAAACUGGUUCGUCAACGAAACGGUCUAUCUGGGGCUCAGCUACUAUGGACCUUCCAUGGGUGAAAACCAGUACUUGAGCUUCUUCCUGUCAUCCCUGGUGGAAAUCCCGAGCUACAUCGUCUGUUGGAUCAUCAUGGACAGGUACGGAAGACGUUGGCCGAUGUGCAUGCUGAUGAUCAUGGGAGGCAUCAGUUGUGUUGCAACAGUAUUGUUACCAGAAAAUGCAGUAUCCGAAACCCUAGUACUGUAUCUUGUAUCCAAGUCAAUGUUAUCGGCCUCAUUCCUCAUCAUUUACCCAUUCGCCGGGGAACUUUAUCCGACCCAGGUCCGAGGUGUCGGUAUCGGGACUUCCAGUUAUAUUGGAGGCUUGGGGUUGAUCGUCAUCCCGUUCAUCACGUAUUUGGGUAAAGACAACCUUAUUCUGCCACUCGUGAUCAUGGGUUGCGUAUCGGUGGCAGGUGGAUUCACCGGUCUGCGGCUACCGGAAACGCUUCACCACCGAUUGCCCCAGACGCUGGAGGAGGGCGAAGAGUUCGGCAAGGAUUGGUCCUUCGACGAUUGCUUCCGCUGCAUACCGGUGGUGAAAUCGCCGGUCGGAUCGUACGAGAACCUAUCACACGACCCGUCCGAUACGGCCCUGGAGCUGAACACGGCCAUCCCACUGAAUGGAGCUGGUCCAUCGAACGAGAGGACCCCACUGGAAAUCGCACGCUUCCGGAGGCAAUCGAUGAAGCGGCUUGUGCGGCAGGCCAGCACUAUGGAUACGCAAAAAACGGCUGGUGGAGCCAUGCAGCUGACAUAUUGGUUUUAAGUUCGCGGUGGAACUGGGAUGAACUUCAGCUUGCAGCGUUACAAGUUUUAAAGUUUGUUUUCAGAUUUGAUUCGGUUUUUUUGUGUGAUAGUUAGACCGCUGUAUAUUUUUAACAUAUGGCUCCCAUACGUUUUCCGAUACUUCUUGGGACUCCAAGUAUCUGUGUAGAAUAUAAGAUGUUUUUGUUGAUUCCUAAAUAAGCGCAACGAGUUUGAUAUUUGUAUGGACACAGAAAUUUUUACAUAUUAAUUCAUCCGGAUAAUUUAGAUGAAUAUCAGAUGGAAUUCCUAUGCAUUUUGUUCUCACGCGAUGCAAGUUAAAUUUUAUCAGUGGUUAAAUUCCAAUAUAUAGGGCUUACUGGAAAACUCUCUGAUUACAACUUUGUGUAAGACCAAUUUUCAGGAAUAUAAUAUUCAAAAGCAAGUUAUUGAUUUUAGAGUCUUAAAAUGUUAUAAUUAAAUGAUCUACAUUAAAUUCUUUCACCAGAUGCUAUGAUCUUAAAAAAUUCAAACUUAAAUCAGGUUGAAUUGUAUAAUUUUUCUUCCUAUUUUAAUUUUUGAACAAAUAUGAAUUUACAAUAAAUUGUACAAAUCAUUUUAACAAACAUGUUUCGGCAUUUCAAAUCGUGCAGCUUCUUGCACUCGAACAAACCCAGACCUUUUUUCAAUGUUGAAUUGCUGAAGCAUAAAUAAAAUAUGCCAUAUAAUUGCCAAGGAAUCGAACGCGUGGACUAGAUGGUUUCGAAGGCCUCACUCAAGCUAGUUUUACUUCUUUGAAAAAUUGCAUGGAUUUGUUCGAUCUCAACAAUCUGCAUGAUUAGAAAUGUCAAAAAUUAAUUCAAAAUGUGAUAUUACCAAUUAAUUUUAUGUUCAUAUUUGUUCUCAUUAAAAUGGUGAAGAAAUAAAACAGUUCAACCUGAUUUUAGUUUAUUUUUUGCAAAAUCAUGGCAUCUGGUGACUUUAAAUUUCUGAUUACCUUUAUUUAUUUUUGCAAACGAUAGAGAAUUACAUGUAGAUCAUGUCAUCAGAACAUUUCAAAACUCUUAUUUUUCUUAUACCAUGGUUGAAUUAAAGAGAACCUUUCGAUUGCUUUGAUUUAUCAUAACUCUGUUUAAAUAAUAUUUUUGAAAAUUGAGUGGAGAAAACAGUGUUGCUAGUUUUUUUAAUGCAACAAUAAAUAAUGCUCUGUUUGGGUGGGAGAUUAUAACUAUUUUUUUUCUACUCCUACCGCUUUUUCAUAUUGCGCAAAGUUGUAUGGACUGUAUUCGAAAAAAAAUGCAACACUUGCAUUUGUAAACAAGUUUUGUACGGAUGGAUGAAAAUUGAUGAAAUUUUCAGUGAUACUACCUAGAAAUGAAAUGUUCACAUGUGCAAAUUUUUUGACGAUCUGUCAAGAAAUUUUUUGACCAAAAUUUCUGGGCAGAAUUAUGAAAAAUCUAGGAAAGUCCCAUGGAGAGACCCCAAAACAACUAGAAAUCAACUACGUGACCAAAAUGAAUGUGGUAAAUUGUUCUUGAAGUCCUAUGGGAUCUAACAAUUAGCCAAAUUUGAAUAAAAGUAAGAUUGAUUAUUUCCAUGAAGGUAUGGGAAGUGAAGGAUUUAACAAAGCGCCAUCUAAACCUUUCAAUUGGAAUAGUGUUAAAGCAGGAAAUAUUUCUGUCUGAUUCGCCCAACAAACAAAAACAAAAAUUAGAUCAAACAUCGUGUCUUAAUGGUAAAAGGUUGUCCUUUAAUAAAAUAAACAAAAUGCGAUGGUUAAUUCGUGCGCAAAAUGGUAGACCCGUUAGUGGGGUGAAAUUUUUCAUCCAUGCGCUCAAAAGUUAUUCACAAAUGAAAGUGUUGCAUUUUUUUCGAAUACAGUCCUUAGUCAGAGUAUUUUCCAGUAAGCUCCAUAUAUUGGAAUAUCAUUUGCAGCGCGUGAGAUCAAAAUAUUCAAGAAAACAAAAAAAAAAGACUUUAUCCGAACAAAUAUUUGCGUUUUUCUCCCGUUUGUUUUGACCAAUAGGGAAACUUUUUUGACUAGAGGCAUUUUGAAAUCGAAAAAAAUUGCAAUUCGACACAUCCUACUGUGAAUUGGCUUGCUCAUACAAAACUGAAGAAAGACAUGUUGGAAUUUUCUAAAUAUUUUUCAACGGUCGCCUUGAAACAAUUUUGAUGAGCGAUAGCUAAUUUUGACUGAAUUAGCGAUUCAAUUACCACCGCUAACUGUUCAGUUAGAGAUACUGGAAACUUACCUUAGGCGAUCAUCACAGAAAUUAUACAUUUUUUAUUCAAAAAUCCUCAGUGUAUAUACAGCAAAAAUUAUUUCCUGUAAAAUUACGCAAAUGUCCUAUGUAUGUAUGUAUGUAUGUAAAUAAGCCACCAUGGCUGCACGGAUUCACCGCAGUUUCGUCAACGUAUGCGCUUAAUUGCAUUCUUUAGAUUAUAAGUACGGCAAAUCUGCAAUGCAACUAACCACAUACCCAACACCAUGGCUUGGUGUGAACUGUUAUGAAUUGAAUGCUUGACGUGUAGGUGUAUGUGUUUUUUGGAUGAACGAGUCAAUCAUUUACGCAACCGUUUCAAAAUUAAUAACAUUUUUGGUGUUAUUGAUCUUCGACAGAUAUUACGCAUACGUUUAGAUACCUGCCCAAUUGGCAACUGAUUGGUCGUUCUAAUACUUUUAUAUAUGGUUAUUUAAUUAGGUUAUCUUACCUUUUAAUGCAAUUCAAUGCAAUUUGAAUUUUAAACUCACAACUCACCAUUUUUACAAGAAUCGAAUUCACCAUUUUUUAAUAGCCAAAACUUACCAUUUUUUAUACUCAAAUCUUACCAUAUGCAUCUGAAUGCAAAAUUAAUUAUUUUAAAAUUCGAAAAUAGAAAAAAGAAUCAAAUUAAAUUAAAAAUCAAAUCGGUUUAAUGCUGAUACAGUAUAAGGAAAUUAAUCGAAUGUAUGAAAAUUUAGGAAAAAAACGUUCUCAUUAACUUUAUAGCUUCAACGGAAAGUAAUAAAAAGAAAGGGAUUUUUUUCUUACAUACAUUUAUUUGUUAUUUUAACAUGUCUGUCAAUUAUUUGAGAGGUAAAAUGACCAUACAGAAAAAUACUCCAAAGGUCUUAGAAACCAAACAAAAACUCUGUUAAUGUGGCAGUGUAUAGGGACGUUUCCGGAAUGUCUCAAGAAAGGAAAAGAAAGGUAAAGAAUUGGAAACUUCUCACCGAGAAUGAAAAUGAACGUUCAGCUCUCUGCUAUUGCGCUACCCGUGCAACGCUUGCUUUGAUGCUUUUUUUUUUGUUUGCAUUUAUUGCACACACGAACAACACUACCAGCCGCGGGCUUGUCUGGACACGUUUUGGCGCAUGGCAGCCUAUUUCUAAUUAGGCUUUAAAUUUUUUUCACACCUCUUGCGAAGCCCCUACUUCUACAUUUACUCAAAUUCACAAUCCAACAUUUUUCCUUGAAAACUUUCACCCGCACUACGAUCCUGCUCAUCAAAAAUUGAAUUAACUUCACUAAAUUUCCUCUUCCCCUACAGUAUCGUUUUGCAUCAUUUUACAAAAACCAAAAUACAUUGCAUUCAAAUUCUUCCUCUUCGGUGGGUCAAGAAAAUGGAACCAAUUAAUCAGAUUUUCUUUCACAAACCCGAGCAUCAUCACGCAACUUUUCUCGAAACUCAAAGCCAUCAUCUUUAUCACGCUACUUUUCAGGUAAAAUCGCAUGCCGGGACUCAUCCCUUCUUCACUGAUAAUGGCACAUAACAACUUUUGAAAUCGGUGGUAUAAGUUUAAAUUAUUCGGACUUGUUUAGAUAACAUAUAAAUUCCAAUCCAAACACCAGAAUAAACAUCAAACAGCAUUUAUCAAACGGCUUGUAAACUACUCUUCCGUCCGUAAUAAACUAUGUAAAAAGACGAACCGCACUCAUUGGCCCAGUAGUACCAAAAUAAUUCUAUCACAAAAUCUACCCUUCCCCAACCAGGUUUCAGCACAAACACUGCGGGAACUUUCACCGGCCACUUAUCCCAGAAUUUUCCACUGUUUUGUACUAAAAUCUACAGUUUAACUUAAAUUCAAUUGAAAUUUUUGAUGGACGAAAAUAAAAACGCGUGCGUCGUCCAAAAGUCAUGGCCUACUUCUCCUGUAAAAUUACGCAAAUGUCCUGUAACAAAAAGGAGCAGGACAUUUAUCGUUAUUUUACAGGUCGAAAAACAAAUUUUGUGACACAUAAUUUUCAGUGUACAACUUUUUUACAGUACAAUUGCUGUAAUAAUAAAUGAAUUUUCGCUAACUUUCAAGGAAAACAAUUUAAAAUUACAGGUUUUGUUAGUUACAGGUUGAUUUAUUUUAAAGGUUGCAGUUUCAGUGACACGUAAUAGUCAAAAUUAUUUUCUGUGUAUAAGUUUAACUCAAACAAAACCGAAGAAUGACUGUGUUGGAGUAUACUGAAAUAUUUUUCACGAUCGCCAUCGAACAAGGAUGCCAUUCGUUAUUGUAAUACAUUCAUAUUUAUAAGAGCUCUUAUUACAAUAAUGGUUCCAAUUAUCAGAUUAAGAUGAAAUAUUCUCACAGAAUCCAAUUUUCUACCUUAAAAAAGUUAGUGUAUAGAAAAGAAACUGGAAGAGUUAUAAAUCUUUCCACUAAAUGCUUGUUUGAGAACAGUGCUUACACCGAAAAAAUUAAAUGAUUUUAUUGAAUUAGAACAAAGGUUUUCCAUUAAUUAAAAAAAAUUGAAAUAUAAAUAUGAAAACACAAUUAAGUCAAUCUUAACAGUCCAAGGAUUGUGAUACCAUUCUAAAGUUAAACACCAUUUUUUGAACAUAUUUUAACAAUAAAGAAUACGUAUAUGUAUAUUUCGGAUUCUCUGAUUUUUCUAUAGUAUUUAUAUUUAUGUGCUUUGACAACAUUCAGUUUAUAUUAAAAUUAUAGGUUUUUGUGGUUUUGUUGUUGUUGUUGUAUUGAUAACAUAUUGAAGUUACGUUUUUUUUCGUUUUUGUUUGAUGUACGGGAAUAAUUUUUCUUUUAAUCAGGUUACUUCUUUUUAUCCUUCUGUUCUUCUAACAACUAUUGAGUUUAUCUUUAAGAUUGAUUCUCUUCAUUGCUCGGACUUGAGGAUUCGCUCAAGUUACUGAUGGUCGAGAUUUUAUGUGUUUGAUUUAAAUAUCAUCGUUACCAUAAUCAGGAGAAAAGUUACUUUAAUAACUAAAUCUUAUCAGAUACAUCUCCUACUUAGUACACUGGAUUUAUUUUUGUUGUUUUCAACACUUUUUGUUUCUUUCCACAUUUGUGGUUGUAAUUUGUUCAGAAGCAACGUUAGUCUGUAAUAUGGUUUACGAUAGUUGUUGCUUCUUAAGAGAGAGAGAUGUGUGGUUUUUUGGGAUUUUUUAUUUCUUAAAUUUUGUCUAACAGGCUUUGUUAUGGAUAUGUUUCAUUCGGACGUCCACCAUAUGCUGUUCACAUUAAUUUUGUUAGGAAAAAUGUAUCGCUGAAGGAUGUUUAGGUUGAUGAACUAAGGUUUUUGCAUACACUUUUUUUGUUUGUACUAACGAAUCGAAUCACUCUAUCUAGAAUGGGGUUUCCCCUAGCGGUCUUAUGGAUUAUGAAGGAAAUUACAGAGAUGUUUUACAGGUAGAACAUUUAGAACUAUUUUUUGUUUAUCUGUUACUUGCGUCAGAGAAGCUGAUUUGUUUUGAUUCGACGGGGGAACUCGAUAUAGUUUGAUAAAUAGAUUACUGAUUCGGAAAUUAAACCACAAUUUCGGACGGCUGUAGGCUGAAGUUCAUUCUUGUAUAUCUUCGGUUGAUUCAUUAGAUUGUUAAAAGUGUCUAAGUCGGUUUAAGUAUACAAAUGCUAAAUGUUGAUGAUGUUUGAGAUGUCUUUUGGUUUUUGUUUUGCUUGUAGAGUGAAUAAAUUCUUGCUGUAAUUUUUAAAUUCAAUUGGCCGUUCUGUGAUACACAAAAGUUACGAUUCCUUCAGAAAUAUAUAGGGAUUAAGUCAAAAAUGUCGUCGUAGUCAUCACUGUAUAGUUAAGUUUAGAGUAUAACUGUUAUAUUAAAAUUUUAUUCGUGUAAAUAUCCGAUUGUGAAAAUAAACAAAUUGUCGAUUCAGAUA